AUGCCUUCCCUGGGAGAGAAAAUUUUACGGCUUUCUUUUCUUUCGAUAGUGCAUGGCACUCUUCAAGCACCAAAACUCGAACCACCAGAUCCAGUCGUCAGAGAUGGAGACACUGUUCAAUUUUGGGGCUCAAAUCUCGAAUUGCUUGGAGAAUACAAUGAAGACAGAGAAUUUGUUUUGCAUGAAAGUGUCGAGAUAUUUUUCAAUCCGGCCGAGGAAGACUUUGAGGAUCCGCCAAAAUGUGAAGAUCUGACGAUUGAGGAGAAUGAUCCUUUGUAUCCGCAGCGAGAAGGAUUGGACUAUCCUUACUUCCUGCAAUGCACAGCUACUGGAAUCAAAGAAGGUGUGGAUUACGAACUGCGAAUUUCGUACGCCAUUCUUGGUGUUCCGGCUUACGAGCCUUGUAAAGUCGAGGAAGCAUUGCUCGAAAUGGACAAGAAACGGACGAUGGCUCCACGAGAGAACAACGGCGUCUCCACUUGCUACACAAUCUGUGGUAUCAGCGCGGAAGAAUUAACAAGAGAAGAGCUAUUGGCCGACAUUCGUUCACAAAACGACGAGGACGGAGCAAGAAAACGGCGCGCUGGAGCCCCAAGUGUAACGAGAGUGAUUCCAAACAAAGGUUCCAUCCUCGGAGGACAGCUGAUCACCGUCGUAGGAUGGAAUCUAGUAUCAAGCAAACUCAAUAUCCCUGGCGCCAUCGCCGAUGAAAGCUCGCCAGAUGGCGACGAUUUCGUUCUUUGGUUCGAAAUGGCCGGAGAAUCUCCCAAAUUCUGCGAAUUCGAUCGACAGUUGACGCUUUUGUCAAGACAAGUGGGUAACCAAGAUCACCCUUCGCUCGUUUGCCGGACGCCCGCUGUUCAUCGAGAAGGAACUUGGAAGGUAAAACUUGUCAUCGACGGGGGAGAAAUCAUAGAAGGGUGGGAUUUUACAUUCACAGUCUUCUGGGGACCCGAGAUUUUCUGGGCGACUCCUUACUUUUCGUCGCCAGCUGCGCAUCCUCAAGAACAAUACCUCGAGGAACGAACAUUUUGGUCGAUGUGGAUAGAUCUUGACACGGACAACGACGGAGAUGAGGACGAACGCUUCUCCUCGCAUCACAGACACAGAAAACUCUACUUAGCGGGAGCUUGUCGUUCCCCAGUUGAUUGGGAAAUUUUCGACAAAAACAACAACGAAACAUUUGUACAGUCGAUUAAUUUCAACUCCGAUGGCCUCCCACAUGCGCAAACUUUCAACUUGAAAGAAGGAUUCCACUGCUCUGACAGCGCUCAAACGCAAACACUGGGCGAAAUCGAAAUGUGCCCAGAUGUCAAAAUCCGCUACCUUUGCGCGGAAAACGCGAUCGACUUCCAAGGACGACUCCGCACAGUGAAUUUCAAUGCAGUCGACGACGGAAAUGAGGAAGAUCCGAACAGGAUAUUUUUUCAGCCUCGAUUCAUCUCUGAAGAUGGACUCAACAUGGGCGAAUGUGAGUUGUCGAUCAAGAAGGAUGAGUCGCUGGAAAUCGAACUCUUCCGGGAAAUGACCCACAAUAUUAAUGGAAUUUUGAGAUGUCUCGCUAGAGUAGAAGAGCCUGGUCAAUACAACUUUACUUUCACGACACAAAACGAAGGAGCCUCCGUUACCUCGGAGGAUUUUAUUCACGUGCUUGGUAAUGACAACCUCGAUCCUUUCAACUUCGAAGUUUAUCCGAUGAUUCGUUCUGUUUCACCAAAUGUCGGAUCGGCAGAAGGCGGCACUGUAAUAACCAUCACCGGAACCGGAUUUUCGAGCACGCUUGGAGAAACAACCGUUGAACUUGGUGGAAAAUCCUGCGAAAUUCUCACUCACACUUCAACAGAGAUUACUUGCGUGACGAAAAAAGUUGAGACUCACAGGCGAAAGUUCAAUUGGAGCCCAUUAUCUGGCGACGCGAACGACUGUCCGGGAAAUGACAUCUUUGAUAGCCACUUCACUCCCACUCAAUCAGCUUGUAGACUGCACUGUGAAGAACUGGCCACUUGCACGCACUACAUUUAUGAUCCCCUUGACGGAUCGUGCUUUCCGAAAAUGGGUUCAACUGACAACUGUGGCAAAUACGAAGAUCGAGACCAUCUGGUUGGGGAGAUGGCACUUGACAUGGACACAACAAACGCAGUCAAAACAACUCGUUGCAUUUGGGGCAAAGGAGUUGGCUAUCAAGGAACUCUCGCUGUGGACAAAAACGGGGACGACUGUCAACAAGGCACAUUUUGCAGAAAUGAAGAUGGUCUCUUCGCCACUCCUAGCUGCAACUCAACUGCUUCCAAUACAAUCGUUGAGUGUGAAAUUAUAAGUUGUGAGCGCGUUGGAGAAUUUGCCGGAAGCAGAGGAUCUUCAGUAAGAUAUGUCGAUGACCGAGAUGCUUACACCUAUGGACACGAGGCUUUCAAUCGUGAAUACGAGCCGGCUAACUUCGAAAUAAUCGACUCGUCAUAUUUUUCAGGCUCCGAGAGAACAAAAUGGAGUGGCCAAUUCAACCGUGAUCAUUAUUCUGCUCGAAGCCAAUUCUUCUUCCUCGUCCCUCGCACCGGUUGUUUUAACGAGAUUCAUGGAUACGAUCAUGCUUCCAUCGGCUUACAGUGGCUCGGCGAUUUCCAGAAUGGGCGAUACGAGGAUGACACUCAAACGAGGCUUGGUUACUUCUUGGCGCACUCUCGUCGUGGCUACACAUUGACUGGAAGUCACAACAUCAGUGAGGCAGUUUGUUCUCAUGUUUCAACAAGAGUAUCUUUCGGCAUUGACGACGGGGAGACCUCCUAUUCUUUUGACCAUUCUCAAUCUGCUUCAAUAGUCCAAUCUGAACUGCGAAGCCAGUGGCCUCAUCUUCAGAGAAUAAACUUAGAAGUCACCAAAACUGGCGACUGUAUGAAUGGCUACUACUUUGACUUCAAAGGUCUUGAUAGAGGCAAUCUUGGUCAGCUGAAGGCCGAGCAUUCGCUAUCAGUAGAAUUCGUGGAACGCAAUCCAGAUGCCGCAGCAGCGUUCUCUGUGAUCAAUGAUGACUUUUGGCAGGGCGGUCCUUAUCAAUCAACAAUUCAAGGAUCAAUGAUGGCCAUUCCUCAAAGAGUUCCAGAAGUAGUUGUCAUCGCGAAUCGCCAAAGAUCUAAGUGUAGUGCUCACUACCGGCAAGAAAUGCACCCUGACACAUGGACUGACAACAUGCUUUAUGGAUGCUCAUUUACUUUCUCAGAAGAUCACACUCCUGUUGUCUACGCAACUUCAGUCGGCGAGGAGGACGUGAUCGCUGAAGGAGAUACAAUCACUGUAGAUGUGAUUUUCCCGGCAACAACUGGAGUAUCUGCUGAAAGCUAUAUUGAAAUAGGUGGAAGCAGAUGCGAAAUAAUCUCGCAUGAAGAAGUCAUCCCCUUUGUUGCCACGAGAUUGACCGUGACUGUUGGUCCUGUUCCAGGUAGAGAAAACCUAGUUUUAUUCAAAGACCCAUCUUCUGGAAGCGCGAAGUCUGACGUCAAAGUUAAAUCUUUACUCACGAUUUCUUCGUACUCGCCUCAGUCCGGCUCGAUAUUUGGUGGUUCAAUCGUCUCUGUGACUGGAAUUGGAUUUUAUGAGGGACUUGUCAUUGAAGUUUUCGAUACUCUUCAAGAAUGUAUCGCGAUUCCUGGAGAAGUUUCUUACAUUGAAAUGAAAUGCAUUACGCUGCCUGUUGAAGACUCGAACAGAAAACGCCGCCAGACUGCGAGCGAUUCCACGCCUACAGUCACUGGAUUGUCGCGAACAAAAGUGUCUGUUCUUGGUGGAGACAUCGUGGUUAUUACUGGAACUGGAUUCGGUUCAGAAGUGAACGGAUCAAGAGUAGACGUUCAGGGACUUUUCUCAGAAAACCAUUGCCUUACUGAUUCUAAAUACGCACAUCGCGGUUGUUUGGGUUUUCGAACAGCAAAUUCUGGUGACUGGACAAUCACAAGCUGGUCUGACACGGAAAUUGUAGCAGUUACAGUUAUGCUCGAUCAAGGGCCUUAUGAAUUGCAAAUAACAUCUGCAGAAAACGGUUUCUCGAACAAAGUCAACUUCGAGUACGCAGUCGAAGUAACUGGCGUCUAUCCGCGCUAUUCAUCCCUUGCUGGUGGCCGAAUCAUCACAAUUUCGGGCUUUGGCUUCGCUACAGACUCAAUUACUCCAAACAGUAAGCUCAACGAAGAAACAACUGUCGAGAUCUUUGCUGUCGGCGGGCUCUCAGGUGGCGAUCGAAAUCAGUGCAACGUCAAGGAAGUAUUCGCGGAUAAAAUUGUUUGCGAAACAGGGUACGCAAUAAACGAGCCAAUUUCGAUGAGCACAGGAAGCAACUUCGAAACAGUAAGAAUCAAAGCUGGCGAAGCUGUUCGCUUCAAAUGGUCAUUCACGGUUAACGGGUACGCACCAAGGAUGCAAUUUCAAGAAUGCGAUGUGCCGAAUUGUGAUGAAGCUUCCUCAGACGAUAAAAUCUGGAGUCCACUGAUAAUAGAAUCGACGGGAGAUUUUCUCCGCCUCUUUACAGAGCCCGGGACUUAUCAUUAUUCGACCGGAUACAUUGACAACGCCUGGAGCACCUGGCUAAAUGGAGUAGUAAUUGUCGAAGAAGCUGUCGAGCGACCUGAAUGGUUAGAAGUCAUUUUCACAGACAGCUUCUCUGAUCGACAAUGGGGCGAAGUGAAUGAGAAAUGGCCACAUAUCGCGGCGCAUAUUGGCACUCCUCCUGUUCUUGAUGGUUCUGAUGACGGAGCAUCUGAGCUCGGCGCUUGUAGCGUGACGACGACAAACAGUGCCUCAUCAUUUGACGGUGCAUUGGAAAAGCACUCGAUCAUUUAUUCCUGGGCGUUUACACCUGUGGUAGACCAGUGGGUGGCGAAUGGGCCGUCGACUCCAUUUAUGGAGGCAAAUUUGACGAUAACGAAUUUCGAGACAUCCGGAGAUUGUACAACACAGGCGCACUUUACUGCUUCUCAACGAUUGGGCAAUGCAAUUUAUCCGAAAAACAACUUCUACAAAGCGUCAGAAGGUAUCAGUGGCACAUACGCAAUCGAACACAACAAUGUGAUGGACCCGUUAGUGCAGUACCAAUUCGAUUUUGUCCUAGCUGGGCGUGGACGAGCUUACUACAAUAGCUAUGAUGGUUCAAAAAGUUUCAAAAUUAAGCCUGUUACAACAGCUGUCAGUGCAACUUCAGUCGGUGUUAAAGGAGGCUGGCAAUUAACGAUGACUGGUGCUGGAUUUAUCGCUCAAGACAAAAAUCUUCUCGAAACUGACGAUGUUAUUUCUGUUGAAACAGAAGUUCAUCUUGGAAAGGACCCUGCCUAUCGUUGUGAUAUAUUGUCCCUGACCUACACUGAAAUAAUUUGUCAGGCUCCUGAAAUGUGGGGAGAGAUCGCUGAUAGACAAGUGAACUUGGCGAUCUUUUUUCGUCAUGACAAUGAUUUCUACAAUGUUGACAAUUCCUUCGACAUCGAUGAGAUCCCAGUUUAUGCCAGUUUGUCCGCUACUCCUCAAAUCACAUCGUUCACACCCGCCUCUGGAAUCAGUCACGACACUUCCCAAAUAACAUUCAACGGGGUCAAUUUGGAUGGUGCUCAAAUAACAAUCGAUGGGCAAAUGGUAAGUGGGUGCUCAGGAAACACCAAUUCUCAAACAUGCGAUGCUCCUAUUCUUGCUGCCGGCUCGUACUCAAUAAGCGGAACUGCUGAUGAUGGAAUAAUCUAUGUGGCACCACUUGUCAGAGUCAAUGCUCUCUUUGUUGCUGAAUCAAUAACUCCAACUUCCGGAUCGGUUAACGGCGGGCAGCAUGUCACAGUCUCCGGAUAUGGUUGGUCCGAAGAUAUUUCAAUAACUGUUACACAAAGUGGAGGAAUCAUAUGCUCUCGAUGUCCAAUUAUUUCUAUUGGCGAUAAAUUGGUCUUUUCAAUGCCUUCUGGUAGAAUAACAGGCGCUGCCUCGAUAGAAAUUGAACAUGAGUUUAUUGAUCACGAUUCGUUCAAAUUUGACUUUACUUUCGUCGAAGUUGGCAACGAGAGCCCGACGACUUUCUCUGACGUGAGUGAUCUCUCCGCUGGCGACUCAAUUUCUCUUGAGCUGCCAACUGGAACAUGUUCUAGCUCACUUCGAGUUGAUCUGGUAUUGAACAUGAGUCCUUGCGCGGAAGGAGUUCACAACUGUCAUUAUGCAGCUGAAUGCGUGCCAAAUCUCGAUGGAAUCCAAUAUAGUUGCGUUUGCCAGGGAAUCUAUCGCGGAGAUGGUUUCUCAUGUUCUAAGUUUGAAAUAAAAGAUCCACAGGAACUGAGCGCAGUCGCGGAAAGCAACUGUUUUGCUGAGGGAGAAAACUUUCUUUGGAAUCUUGCGAAAUUCGAGUCCGUGGAAGAAAUAACAAAUGUUCUUUCUACCGAGAGCGGGAAUAUUUUCUUGAACAUAAAAUACUCGGCGACUGACAACUCGCUCACUCACGACUUAGACGGCACUGCGGUUGCAUGGACAGACCAGGUCACUUUCCCAUCUGUAGAUUCCUGUCUUGUUUACCAUGUAGGUUCCGCGCAGCUGAAAUUUGUUCCUUGCUCAAAUACUCAUCAAAUCGUGUGCGAGUCUUACGAUGAACAAGAUUGCUUUUCAGACAGAGGACAGUACUAUAGGGGCGAUCUCGUUCAUUCUGAAGGUCAUGAUUGCGUCAACUGGGCAGAAGUGCCUUCGAUUCCAGGAUCAACCUCAGAAGCCAAUUUGGAUCUUGCUGGAAACUCGUGCCGUAAUCCCGACUUCCGAAGUCAAGGACCUUUCUGUUAUAUUUCAACUGAAGUCGAACAAGGCCAAAGUGAGCCCGCAUGGAUCCAGUGUGCUGUGCCGAAUUGCGCGAUGAAGGAUCAGCAAAUCUGUCAAGUUGUCACAGAGAGUGGCGCUAUAAUCGGCCGAACGUUAGAUUCAUUUGUCCUUCAAUCUAAUCAUGAUAGCUUUGAACAGAACCGAAAAAACACUCAACUUGGUUUCGCUGAAUUCGCCGACGGUGUCGCGAUUUUCAAGCACGCCAACAACAAAAACCAAGACAGCGAUUAUGAGUGUUUUGAAAUCGAAGAUGGAGACCCUAAUGCUGAUAACCUACCAGUAAUUGUAGUAAAUCGCCAACUUGCUGAUUGCGCUCGCUGGCAAAAACACCUGCAGCUUGACGGACGUUAUCGCUUGAGUCAGAGCAAUUACUACCUUCGAGAAAACUUUUCUCAUGAUAAAUUCUAUGGACAAAUUCUAACUGGCCUUUUGUAUGAUGAUGCAACACUUUCGGGGAUAAAUUUCGACCUUCAAUGCGGCAACCCAGGACACCACAAAGAAUCUGGUGUCAAUCCAGUCGAGAUUUUCCACGAGCUUUCUGGUUCUUGUUCCGGCGAUUCUUUGACAGUCAUCAUGCCUUCGGUUUCAGCUGGUUCUUACAGUCUUCGGGUAAGAGAUUCAGCCACGGGAUAUUUCUCUGGAAAGGUGGAUGUUGAUUUUUCUCUUUCUCUCGAUACAGUUUCGCCUGCGUCUAUUGGUCAGUCUGGAGGACAACCGAUAACUCUUUUCGGCGCCGGGUUUAGUGCUGAAAACUCCGCUGUUCUUGUCGACGGAAUCGACUGCUUAAUUCAAGCAGUCAACGCUGAAGGAACCCAGAUGACCUGCAUUUUCGAAGAUCUUGAUCAUGUUACGCAAUCUGGAAUCGUUGUUGUUCGACUCUCAGUAACUGAUAAAUCGACGGGUUCUAUCAUUUCUGCAGAAGCGAGCAUUUACGUCGAUAUAACCAAGACUCCCCUUAUUUCUGGUUUCAGCCCCACUAAAGGCGGUUCAGCUGGUGGCACUAGAAUCACAUUUACUGGCUCAAACUUAGAUGCAGGUGAAGACGCCCUUGUCUCAAUUCAUGGUAUCGUCUGCAUAACUCUUUCGAGAACUUUCUCGGAGCUUAUUUGUGAGACGGAAGCUUACAGUGGCCUCAACAUACCAGUUCAGCCAAAGAUUGAAUUCGUUAAUUUUGGCAACGGUGUUUUCAGCUCCGACGAUCUAAAAUUCUGGUACGUCGACAGAUGGUCGAGCACGUUUACUUGGGGUUGCACAGAUGGCAGUUGCAAACCGAUGGCAGGCGACAUUGUCGUCAUUCCUGAAGGAAAAGUGAUUCUGCUUGAUGAAUCGACGCCUAUUCUUGCUGUUCUGAUUGUUGACGGAGGAACUGUUAUUUGGGACCGAGUUCACGGCAUCGAGCUCAAGACAGAAUACGCAGUCGUGACAAAUGGUGGACACUUUGAAAUCGGAACCGAAGACGAACCUUUCUGCGAUCCAACUGGUGACCGUUCAAUUCCCUUUGACGCAACAAUUACGAUGUAUGGCCAUCAACGGUCUGUCGAGCUCCCGAUCUACGGCGCUAAGGUGUUCGCAGUUCGCCGUGGAACGAUCGACCUCCAUGGUUGCCGCGUUCACACUUCAUGGACUCAUAUGGAUGAAACUGCUGAGGUCGGUGACGACACAAUUAAGUUAACUCAUCCUGUCGCAAACGAUUGGGUUGCAGGAGAUCAAGUUAUCAUCGCAACAACUGGUGACCGGAUGCAUCUUCAUCAUUCCGAAACUGCUUAUAUUUCAGCAGUGAGUGCUGACGGCUACACAUUGACUUUGAAUGAUACUCUAAAAUACCGCCACAUGGCCGAGUGCUCAGAUGGUUUUGACUGGGCGGGAACAAUCUGCCAAAGAGCUGAAGUUGGUCUUUUGUCGAAGAAUGUGCUUUUCCAGGGAAAUCGAAACUUAGACUGGGUCGAGGAGCUGGACGAAUGUGAGCUUGGAAUCGGAACCGCUUUCGACAAAAUUAAUAGCACCCAGACUUGCUUUCAGAACAGAUAUGGACACGAAGUCGGCUCUGAUCAGCUCGGAGGGCAUUUAUUUAUGCAUAUGGUCGAUUCCGCUCGAAUCGAAUUCGUCGAGUUCAAUUUCGUCGGACAAGCUUUCCGGUUAGGCCGAUAUCCAAUUCAUUUCCAUAUGACAGGUGACUUGGUUGAUACGAAUACUUAUGCUCGAGGCAAUAGCGUUCACGAAAGCUUCAAUCGAGCUGUGACAAUGCACGGAGUUCACAAUCUUCUUGUUGAACACAAUGUUGCUUUUAACGUCAUGGGUUUAACGUUUUUCCUGGAAGAUGGCAUCGAAGAAGACAAUAUUGUGCAGUACAAUUUAGCAGUGAUGACUAAAAAAUCCUCUUCUCUUUUGAAUAUUGAUGCUAUUCCUUCGUCCUUCUGGAUGCCGAAUCCGAACAACAUCAUCCGCCACAACGCUGUAGCUGGCUCUACCCACUUCGGCUACUGGUAUAACUCGCCAAAACAUCCGACUGGCCCAUCUGCAACAAAUACAAUUUGCUGCAAGAACCGCCCUCUCGGGGAAUUCUGGAAUAACACAGUCCACUCUUCUGGGAAAUACGGCCUUUGGGUCUUUGUCGACCUUACUCCGACUGGACCGAACGGCGAUUGUGGAGAAAGUGCUCCUAAAGCGCUUAAAAUUGGUGAGAUUCCAGAAAAUGCAAUAAUGCCCGAAGGGGUCGACAGAAACUCUGUUUACGGACUCCACACUUGGAAUAACGAGCGAGGAGCUGAAAUCACCACCGGUGGUGCCAUCCAGUUCCACAAUUUUAUCGCAUCUGAUAACUUCAUUUCCAACCUUGCUGGUAAGGAAUCGUACCUCUCUUCAUUCGGCGUUUGUCCAGGCGUCGACUGCCCUGGAAAUGUUCAAGCAUUCGUUCGUUCGAUUGUGAUCGGAAGCAUGAAACAUGAUCCACACGUGAAUAGCUGUGGUUCCAUGGGAAUCGAAACUCCAUGGAUGGAGUUUGCCUUCACAGUCCAUGACAUUCAUUUUUUCAACUUUGAUGAGCCCGGUCCAUCAAAGCCAGGAACUUUCAAUGGCUACUGUACAGCUGUCAACCCUUGCUAUGGCUCCGAUACAUUCGAAUGUGCUGCUCUAACCUGGUACACAAAUGUUCGUUGGACGAAUUCACCAAGAAAACUGACAACUCAGUGGGAGCACGAGUACGCCAUUCGUGACAUCGAUGGAUCAUUUACUGAAAAUGGCGGCGAAGAAGUCUACGUCGUGCCUCAUUCGGAUGCAUACGACCCGAAUCAUUGCACCUCUGUUUGGCCAGGACCUGAGGGAGUCAACGCAAAGUCGAUAUUAUACCCUAUUCAAGUCUGUCCAUACGCCGGCGGAAAAUUCAAACCACACAGGUUUCCGUUCCAUGGGGUUUAUCCUAAGUCAAUAGAAGGCGCUCAAGGUCGUGUCGUUUCGCCUUAUGGCGUUGCUUAUUCUCCUUACCGAGUCUGCAGACCGAUCGAAAAAGGAUGGAUGAUGCUACUCAAUCAAGGCCAAGAGCAUAUUCUUUCUUUCGAAGGAUUCGAGUACAUCACCAACAUAACUUAUUCGGCUGAAAUGUUGUUUUUAGAGAAGAAUGAUUACCUCCAUAUUGCGCACGAGUUCCAUCAGCGCAUUGACUACACUAACCUUGGCGUUAAACUCGACGAAAUUCCUUCGAUCACAAAUGAGAGUCACAACAAUCUCGAUUAUCACAUUACAUCGGACGAAGAAUUCCUUACGACGAAGCGAUACAAACUGACUUACAUGCUUAGGGGUCUGAAGAAUCCAAUAAUUUCUAGCACGAAAGGAAUUUACCCGGAUAAAUAUGAAGUAGACGCCUAUGGCGAUGGAACUCAUGGCCGAACGGCGGAAUGGUCGCUGAAGAUGUACAAGUGUUUCUAUCCUCAAUGCGAAGAACCAACUACAACAGUCCAGCCGCCGACAACAACAACGACUGAAGCCACGAUUGAAUGCAUGAUCGGUGAGCCCGGCUGCGAAGAGACAUUUACAGUUCCAGGAUGGGACGGUAACAACGAGACGAACGUAUUUAUCGGCGAGAAGCGAAAGGUCAGGCUUUCAUCAAUUCCUGACGAUCUCCGAGAUCCGGAAAGGCCGAAUGUUCUCAAAGCAACUAAACUUUUAGUUGAUGGAGAGCUCAUUAUUGAAAAUAUUGAGGAUGAUAUUGAAAUUGAAGUUGAGUCGAUUAUUGUUAAUACUGGAAUUUCGGAAACGACCUGGGGCAAAUCUCGCCGACGUCGAGAUUUGAUCGAUCAGAACAUCGGAAAACUAGUCAUCGGAACUGCCGAAAACCCGGUUCCCUGCGACAAAAAAGUAACGAUCCGUCUCAUGGCUAACUAUACUGAAGCAGAAGAGUUCGGAGCACUUGGAAACUCAAUUCCUAUCGGAGCCAAAGCAAUUGGCGGGUAUGGUUCACUUGAAAUGCACGGCUGUCCGAGAGACAAAACCUGGACGUAUCUUGCAACAACAGUCCAACCUGGCGAAAACACAAUAACACUGAGUGAAGACGCCGACUGGAAGAUUGGUGAAGAAAUUGCAAUCGCAUCUAGCAAUUUCGAUCAAAGAGAAGUCGAGUUUUUUUCAAUAACUGCAAAACAAGCAAGAACUUACACACUGAAUCAGACUGCGCAGUUUCGUCACUUCGGAAUCGAGACAAAUCUGGAAGAUGCGGAUGGAUAUCACCUCGGUACUCCCGUCAUGCUUCUGACGAGAAAUAUCAUCAUUGAUGGCAGUGACGGUGCUAACGCUGUGCUCGGAGGACGAGUCCUCGUCGCCAGCACUGUUGAAAAAACAGAGAAGGACACCAUUUUCCGAUCUGGCUAUGGACAGUUCAGCUACGUCCAAUUCAAACAAAUGGGGCAGUACGGCUACACCAACGAAGAGGACUCGCGAUUCCAGCUCUUGUUUUACAAUGUCGACCCCACUGCAAGUGGAGAUCGAAAGCAAUCAUACGUUCGCGGUUGUUCCUUCUUCCAUGGCCUUAAUACUGCUAUCGGUUCCGGAAUAGACGUUCACGGUCUAGAAAUGAAAGACAACGUCAUCGUUGGCGCACCUGAAGAUGGUAUCCGCGUUUUAGGAAACGAUGCUGUUGUCGAAAACAACGCCAUCGCUUCUAUUUGGGACCGAUCUGUUUAUGCUUACGUAAACGGCUUAAAUUCAGAACUUGAUACAUCCUUGAUUCCAGCUGGAAUUGAUUUCAAAGACGCUCAGAGGUUGACGAUGAAAAAUAACCAUAUUGCAGGUGUUAUGGGUCCUUGCUACCAUGGUGUUGGUGAGAGUUGCAUUGGCGAUCUCGAAGAAUGCACUGCCGAUGUCUACGAGAGCGAUCCAAACGUUUUCGGAAAUGUUGGCAGCGGAUGUAUUGUUGGCUAUUACAUUCUGAAGCAGGAACUAUACCGAUGCCAAAAAGUAUCAGGAUUCUUCAUUCAUCAUGCAACCACUGCGGUUUACUUUCAAUCAAAGACACAGCGGCAAGUGGUUUCUGACAAUGUAUUAGUCGACAAUUCUAACGCGCUUUACACUGUCCACGCAGGACCGGAUGCUACAGCAUGGAAAUUCGACCCAAAAGCAUCAAUAACUUAUAAAAAUAACAUUAUUAUCGGCCGAUCAGAGCAUUGGGAAUGCGAUGUCGACAAUGAAGUUUCACAAAUUGGCAACAUGCACGAAACGUUCUUUCCAGGAACGAGCAGUCCACGUGACCAUGCUGCUAUCGUCGGAAGCGACUUCUUGGUUGGCCACAAUAGAUGGCCAGGAAAACCGAUGUACAAAGCGUUUGUGAAGAUUCCAGCAAUCUACGGACGAACAUGUGUCUUGGCAAAUGCUUUUACUAAAUUUAAUGGAAGAUGUGGCGAUAAGGAUGUUAUUUUCAGUGCGAACCGAGAAAUGGAAGACUAUUCGCACCCGACUUAUUUCAAACAGGGAAAUACUUUCGACAGUAAUGUGGCUACACUGAGCAAAGUCGCAAAGUUCUUUAGACCAAAAACUCGCUAUGUCAACAUCGGAUCCUGUGGCGAUCUUCAUUGCGAUGGCCACAAGAAACAACUUGUUAUCGAUGAAACUGGCGACCUUCUCGGCAGUCCGGGCUUCCUCCACUCCGAGGCUGAAUAUGCAUGGGAAGGAGUCACCAGAAAUGGAACGACGUACACUGACACUCGUCCUGGACUGGGAGAUUACCGAAUUCCGAAAGGCAUGUUGACAACUCUCGACGGCCAGAAACUCACCGUUGAAGAGUAUGCGCCAGAAAAGGGAGUCAUUCGUGAUGAAAACUGCGUUUACGAUGCUUCCAUUCCAGCGUGGCAUUGCACAGACUCGCUGAAAAUGAUAAUGAUGAAUUUCCAAUUCAUGGACGUGGAUCACAUGGUCCGAAGAAUAGCGCCCUUGGCAAUUCGAUCCGACACGGGCUACAUUGACAUCGUCAACGGGCCAGCAGAUCACUCUAAUUGCAUUGGCUAUGCUUGUAUGAUUCGCUUGAGCACUUUUUGGACUCACCAAGCCUGUGGCCAUCAGUACGACUAUUCCUUCACUUCAACGAUUCCGAAGCGAAUGAACUUCCAUUUGCCGGACUACAAUGAUCAGAAGUGCAAGAUUCAUGUGAGGUUCAUUACGCUGAAGCCGAAUAGAUUGGACCUCAAGCAAGACGGCAUCUAUAUGAUUCCAACUAACGCACACUACCGAGCCGGGAUCAAAUUUUUCGAUCGACAAGAGCAAGCUAUCCACAUGAUUCUCGAGACAGGUCACAUCUACGGACUUCAGCUCAAGUCAACGCUGAUUCUCGAGUUGGACGUAACGACUCAGUUGACAGACGACGAGUUCUACGACAAUGGUAACAUUGCUAUUAACAUUGCCGCCCUUCUAGGAAUUUCACCGAGUCGAGUGAAAAUUGUAAAUGUCAUUCGUGAAACUUCUGAGGAGCGAAGAAAACGACGAGAAUCAUCUGGUCUGCAUUUCUUUGGCAACCCGCGCCUUCGUCGAGCUGGCAAUUCAGAAAGCUCCUCUAUUCAGUUUGAAAUUGCAAGCAAUGAUGAAAGGCCAGAAGAUGGCGACAACGAGCUUGAUGAAGAAGAUUUGGAAAAAGAGGAGGCUGAGAUCGCUGCACUGAAUGAUCUUGGCGCCCUAUUAGCCAAAAAAUCACUCGAAGAAGGAAAUCCUCUUGGAGCGGCUGUAGCAGCAGCAGUCGUCGAUCAGGAUUCAAGCGUUUCUGUUGGCGAGGUGGCUGUUGGCAUGGCUGAUCCACCAACACUCAGUGAAGAUCUCCCAGAGUGGUUUGAUGCGGACAACCCAGUCGGUGAAAGCAUCAUUGACAAACUCGGCCUAGACGAAGGGACAAUUGAAUUGGACGAAUCAGGAGACAUCGACCUUGAUUCCCUUCGUGAUCAGAUUUUGGCUGUUUCAGACGGUGAAAUCGACUUGGAAACAGCAAAGACUGCGGAAGAAAAAGCGAAUGAAAAACAAGCGGCCAAAGACACUGCAGCCGAGCCUAUUGUCUACAAGGUGCCAACUACGCUUAUUCUGGAUCAAGAACCGACCGGACUCCAGGUCGAGCAAAAUGAUAUAAAAUCUUUCGUUUUGCACGUUCUCGAUCAGAAUGGAGAAAUGAUGACUGUUGUAGGAUUCCCUCUCAAUCCAGCUACUUGCCUUGUUUCCUUAAAAGACGGAGAGACAGGAGAAAUAACUGGAGUCGACAGAGUUCCCUUUGUACCUGGAACUGGCUUCGCUACUUUUGAUGCUUUCCAAGUAAACAACACCGACAAAUCGGUGGAGUUUCAGUUCAGCAUCGAGUUCCCUGCUGAUUUUGAUUUGAAUGCCACGGUGUCAGCAGUUUUCUCCUCUUCACACGAGUUCUUGGCCAAUACCGAUAAUGAGGGAGGCGAGAAAUGCGAGGUCGUUGAAGGAGAAGGCUUCGACAUUCAGGAAAUAUGGAACGACAACUGCUCUGUCAUCUGUACUCUCCCAUGCGAAGACGCUGGGGGGCUUCUGUCUACUUCGCCAAAGUGUCGUGAACGAGAAACUACGGAGUGCGGAUCUUUCGGCUCUUGCAGCCCUGGGCACGGCUGCGAAUGCGAUUUGGCAUCGAUGCCCGAGCCAGAUCAGAUCAACAUUGCUGACCAUUUGAAAUUCUCAUGUGACUAUGACGAGAUUAAUGUAAAAGUCGACAAGUGUGUGAUGCAUCGAUUGGGACUGAGACUCAAAAAUUUGGCGAUCAACGGAGUCGAUCUUUCCUACAAUGGCCCCAUUAAAGCAUCUGGUUUGAACACAUGCGUUGGGAAACUCGACUACCAGACUGGCGCCGACUAUAAAUUCACUCUUUACGGCUACGACGCUUGUGGAAUGGAGAAGAGUCACAACGGCACUCACAUUGUCUAUACCAACGCCGUCACUGGCAAAAUCAACGAAACGAUUGAAGUCUUCUCUGAGUUCUCAUGCGGUUUCGAAAAUGCAACAACAACAACUUCAACAACAAGCACAACUACAUCGACAACAACGACUACAACUACAACAACAACCACUCAACAACCAACGACAACAACAACUUCGUCUGCGGGAAGCACUCCUUGUGAUUCUGGCGACAUUAACUUACAAAGCUCGGCAAAAUGCAGCCCGGACCAUUUCGGUAUCUCUAUCCACAGCUGUGUCUUUGAGAAAUUAAACAUGAAUCCUUCUGCUGCCUCCUUGAGCGGGCCAAAUGCAGCGACCAGUGGAGCCGUGGACAGCGCUUGCAAUGGAACAUUUAUCAACGACGAGUAUCACUUCGGACAGCAGGGAAAAAUCGCCGACUGUGGGAACGAGAUCGUCUACAAUGCGACUCACAUCACUAUCAAGAGCUCUAUUCAAGGCGUCGCUGGCGCCAAAUAUGGAGGGAUUAGUCGUCAAAGAAGAUUGAAAGUCGAUUUGGCUUGUGUUUUCGAGCGGCUGAUCAGAGUCGACUUAGGCCCGAUUUUGACCUCGCUCUAUCAUUUCACUGUCGAUUUGGGCGAAACGACCGGUAACUUCGACCUGAGCAUCGACCUAUUCAAAGACGACGCUUUCAGCGAUCAUUUCGCGGUCAAUGAAACCAUUUCCGUUCCGCAGCCUUUCUUCGUCAAAACUGCGCUAGAAUCAGCUGGCGACAACUUCAAACUUCAACUCAACCGCUGCUGGGCCACCUCCACCGACGAUCCUCAAGACACACUCUCCUAUUCAUUCAUCGACCACUUCUGCGGCAACAAUGACGAAAUCGCCGCUGACACUUUGGAAAUCUUCGAAAAUGGCGAAGAGAGCUUUGCGAGAUUUAGGAUGAACUCCUUCAAGUUCCUUGACGCUUCAACACUUUUCCUCCACUGCGAUGUAAACGUCUGCGACUCGAGCGUUGAAAAUUGCGUCAUCGAUUGUUCCAGCGGAAGAAAACGAAGAUCAAUCGACGAGUACCUUCCUACAAUCACUGCUGGUCCCUUAUAUUUGCCUUGA